AGCUGGAAGCAGCCACCAUUGAAUCGGAUCUGCAUCGCCGAACCGCCAUUGUCAGUCCAAGAAACAGCUAAGCUAGCGCCGACAAUGGAUAUGGAUCACAGGGCGAAGCGGGUGGCCAUCGUGGGCGCCGGCACGAGCGGGUUGGCGGCGUGCAAGCACCUGCUGGCGCGGGGGUUCCGGCCGGUGGUGUUCGAGGCCGGGAAGUCCGUGGGCGGGCUGUGGACGCGCACGCUCGCCUCCACCAGGCUCCAGUCACACGCCGCCACGUACCGCUACUCCGACUUCCCCUGGCCGGACUCAGCCGGCGCGUACCCGCGCCACGAUCAGGUCGUCGACUACCUCGCCGCCUACGCGCGCCGCUUCGGCGUCGACGGCUGCGUCAGGUUCCGGAGCCGGGUCGUCGCCGCGGAGUACGUCGGCGAUGAGCCGGAGGACGCGCCGGACCGGUGGGAGCGCUGGGCCGGCAACGGCGAGGCCUUCGGCGAUAGCACGGGCGCGUGGCGCCUCACCGUGCGCUGCCGUGGCGAGAGCGAGACGGAGCCGGAGACGCAGGAGGUGCACGAGUUCGACUUCCUGAUCCUCUGCAUCGGCAUGUUCAGUGGCGUGCCCAACAUCCCCUCGGCGUUCCCCGGCCCGGAGGCGUUCCGGGGACCGGUGCUCCACUCCAUGGAGCUCUCUGACAUGGCUCACGCCGACGCCGCCGCGCUGGUCACGGGAAAGCGCGUCGCGGUCGUGGGCUCCAGCAAGUCGGCCUUCGAGAUCGCCAAUGACUGCGCCGAGGCCAACGGCGCGGGGACGCCGUGCACGGUGGUGUGCCGGAACCCGCAGUGGACGAUGCACCGCCCGGCCGUGUGGGGCGGGGUCAGCAUCGGGUACCUCUACAUGAACCGCUUCGCCGAGCUCAUGGUGCCCAGGCCCGGCGCCGGCGCCGCCUCCCGCGUCCUCGCCGCGCUGCUCGCGCCGCUAGCGUGGGCAAUAUCGGCGGCGACUGGGGCAUGGUACCGGAGGGAGAUCCCGAUGCGGGAGUACGGCAUGGAGCCCGGGCACGGGUUCGCGAGGUGCGUGUCGUCGUGCCUCCUCUCCGUGCUCCCCGACGGGUUCUACGACAGGGUGAGGGAAGGCAGCGUCGUCUUCGCGAGGUCCAGGUCCUUCGGCUUCCGCCACGACGGCCUGGUGCUCGACGGCGCCGAGGAGCGCGUCGUGCCGGCCGACGUGGUGAUCUUCGCCACCGGGUUCCGCGGCGACAAGAAGCUGAGGGACAUGUUCGCGUCCACGCGGGUGAAGGACUUCAUCGGCGAGUCGGCGCCGCUGUACCGGGAGUGCGUGCACCCCCGGAUCCCGCAGAUGGCGGUGGUGGGGUACGCCGGGGGGCUGAACUCCAUAUACGCGUGCGAGAUGGAGGCCAAGUGGGUGGCGCGGCUGCUGGACGGCGUGUUCCGGCUGCCGAGCGUGCGGCAGAUGGAGGAGAGCUGCGCGGAGUGGGGCAGGUACUACGCGCGGAGGAGCGGCGGCGGCGGGGAGGGGCAGAGCCCGGGACCCUGCCUCGGCGCGGUCAACGUGUGGUACAACGACGAGCUGUGCCGCGACAUGGGAUGCAACCCGAGGAGGAAGAAGAUGAAGGGGCAGGGCCUCCUCGCCGAGUGGUUCCUACCAUACAGCAUCGUCGACUACGCCGACAUCCAGUGAGUGAGCUUUACACGUUGCCGUCGUGAGAGAAGUUGCCGUUUAUUUUUUGGAGACAUUUUUCUCUUUUUUUUUAAGACAUUGGUGUGAAAGAGAAGCGGCCCAAAAGAACAUGGGCUUCAGAUUUCGUUAAGACAAGUUUUUUAUCAAGAUUUCCUUUGAGAAAAUCCCUUUUGGAGGCUGAGCUGCAUGGAGGCCGGUUUUUGAAAAUUCAAAAUUCAUCAAAAUUCAUAAGUCUACAUUUCAAAUUUUGUUCAAAAACAUAUAGAUAUACAUGGAGGCAUAAUGCACAAGUGUGUAAAUUUUCAGGAAGAUAUACGUUGAAAUGAGGGCUGUGUAAAAAAGACGAAUCUGAGGCUUUUUAACACAUGAUACUAUUUAACCUCCAAGGCUAUGAAUUUGUCUUUUUUGUACAUAUCGCAUUUCAAGGUAUUUUAUUCUGAAAUUUUACACACAUACACGUAACAUCCUUGUUUACUUGUACAAUUGUUUUCCGUUUUUUCUUGAAACUGAAGAGUACACACAUACACAUAACAUCCUUGUUUUACUUGUACAAUUAUUUUUAAGUUGUUUCUGUAACUUUGACCAAGUUUACAUGCAAAAAAAUUCAAUACCUACAAUAUCAAAUCAUUAUCAUUAGAUUUGUCAUGAAUUAUAGGUAUUAUAGAUGUUGAUAUAGUUUGCUAUAAACUUGGUUAGACAUAGAAAGGCUUGACUUUUGAUGAACUAAUACACCUUAUAUAUUUGAAACUGAUAGAAUAUUAGCCUAACUAGCAUUACAAAUAACCAAAUAAAAUUAUAUUAAAAAUUCCUUCGAUCAACAAUCUUUGUCCCCCCGAAUGGGCCGAUGGCCCAUCGUUGCAUGCCACCCCAUCAGCAGAGCCACGAAUUCAGAACCUCGAAUGUUGAGGCUCACAAUCUUGCAAAUAAUGCUUUAUCUUUGGUACUGGUUGUCAUGUUUGGUUAGGACAUCUCGAAGUUUUGAUUUCGUCCCUGUAAAUUUGGUGACGGUUGAAUAAAGGUUUGUGGGUUUGUCUAAAAAAAAUGUUGAUUGCGGCGGCAUGGUGUACCCAGAGAUAUUGCUAUGAUUCAGAGAGAGGAUGUUGGGGGUAGCAUGUCAUUGGUGGUGGCGGAUCCUUAUCUCUGGGUACAGAACUGAUAUGGUGAAGCUGACAUUACUAGUUUUAU